CGAUGAAACUCUAUAACCGUCAAUAACCGCCGCGAUUUGAAAAAUAAAUACAAAAAUCUCAUUCUCCAUUAAACCAUUUAACACAACAUACGAAAAACUGGUAAAUCACAAAAGAAAAAAACAGAGAGAAACACACGAAAAUGGAGAAAACAGAGGAAAGCGUCGGAAUCAGAGUUUACACGGCGACUCCGCCGCAAAAACCAUCACCAUCACCACCUUCUCGUUCACCAAAACCCGUCUUAAUCUCUUCAUUGCCUUCCCUCCCGUCAGGAGCCGCCGCUGGAGGAGGAAGAGGUCGAAAACGUCGCAUGGUGGCGCAAGGAGUUCAAAAAACGGUUUCGAAGACAUCAAUGCUCGUCAACUUCCUUCCGACAGGAACACUCUUGAUGUUCGAAAUGGUUCUUCCAUCAAUAUACCGUGACGGAGACUGUAACGGAAUCAACACACUCAUGAUUCAUCUCCUCUUGCUUCUUUGCGCAAUGUCUUGUUUCUUCUUCCAUUUUACCGACAGUUUCAAAGCAUCCGAUGGGAAGAUCUACUACGGUUUCGUGACGCCACGUGGACUCGCGGUGUUCAUGAAACCGCCGCCUCCAGAGUUUGGUGGCGGAGAUGUUAUAGCGGAGGCAGAGAUUCCGGUGACUGAUGAUAGGUAUAAGUUGACGGUUAAUGACUUUGUUCAUGCAGUGAUGAGCGUUUUGGUGUUUAUGGCGAUUGCGUUUUCGGAUCGAAGAGUCACGGGAUGUUUGUUUCCAGGGAAAGAGAAAGAGAUGGAUCAAGUUAUGGAGAGUUUUCCAAUAAUGGUUGGAAUUGUUUGUAGUGCUUUGUUUCUUGUUUUUCCGACCACUCGAUAUGGUGUUGGUUGCAUGACUGGUUAAUUUAUUUUCACUUUUCUGUUUUUUGGUUUGUUUUAGUAUCUAUUUCGUAUUUUCCUUGUAAUUUAGAUUAUCUGAUUUAAACUCCAAUGUUCUACUAUUUUUAUCUAUUGUAUUGUU